GCAUGCGUAUGUAUCAUGUCUCUCAAAGGAGGUUACACAGUUUUUGUGGGCAGAUUGAGCCGCAAAACACAUCCUAGAGAUCUAGAAGACGUUUUUGGUCGUUAUGGACCGUUUACAAGAUGCGAUAUAAAGCUCGGACCUGGAAUGGCAUAUGGGUUCAUCGAGUACGAGGACAAACGCGACGCCGAGGAUGCCAUUCGGAGUGAAAACGGACGAGAAUUGCUUGGCUGUAAUAUGGUGGUUGAAUGGGCACGAGGGGAGGGUCCGGGAAGUGGUUCUACUCGAGAACGUGGAGGGUAUAGUGGAGGAGGAUACGGUGGCGGCGGCGGGUAUGGACGAAGACGAGACUCUCGAUCUCCUCCGAGGCGAUCCAGAAGGUAUUCUCCAGUUGCUGAAAGAAGCUACGAUCGUGAUCGAAAUUACAGUCGAAGCCAAGAGAAGAGAAGUCGAGACAGAUACGAGAGGAGAAGUCGUAGCCGAGACAGGAGAGGGAGCCGAAGCCCGGUAAGAAGAGACAGAGGGAGCACGAGAGAUUUGAAACGACGCAGUAGAAGCAGGAGCGCAGAGGGAGACCGGAGACGAUCGACGGGGACUGGAGACAGAGGCAGAAGCGGCAGUCACAAUCGAUUGAGUCCUGGCCGUGAUCUCAGUCCUCGCAGACAGUCGGACAGUGGAGAUGACCGAGAACACUGAAAAGGGGUUCCACUGUUAUCUAUAUGUGGAUGUGGAGGAGAAGAUUCAAACAAGAUUUUGACUGUUUGAUAUGCAUGCAUCUCUUUAUCAGUUCUGUGGCUGCUUGUUGUGUCUGUUUUAUGGUACUCAGAGGAGUGUUCCACUUAGCUUGGUGCAGUGUAGGUGAAUGUCAUGUUAUGCUCUGUCUGCUCUUGUUGGUUGUAUGUAGGAUGCAUUCGAUUUUGGGUCGAGAUGGCGUGUAUGAU